AUGUCAACCAAACGAAAAGCACCGAGCAAGAUUGCUCACCCCGUCGUUAAGCAAAGCGCAAAGAAGCCCCUCAAAACUAUAAUUAAUGAAUCCGAGACAGCUGUCUCAGUUCCCGAUAUUUCAAAAGAGGAUGGGAUUACAGGCGAAAAAGUAAUUGAGAUUUCAAGUGACUCGGGCAGCAGCGAAUACGAAUUUACAGAUGAGGAAGACAACGAAACUAAACUGGGGACCAAGCUAUCUCAAGAUCAAUCUGUACCAAAGAAGGCGCAAAAUACUGAGGAAAUUGAUAUCGACAUGCCCUCCCCAAACUUGCCAACAGAUGGCGAGUCUGAUCAGGAACCUGCUCAACCCACGUUUGGCGAACUUGCUCGCGCACAUGAUACUAUUGAAGUUACGAACGCGAUCUCUACCCAAUCCAGCGCUGUCGCUGCUCCAGGGCGGUCUCUAGCUCCUCCUAGCCUCUCAUCUUUAGGAACCGUCUUAUCACAAGCACUCCGCACUGAUGAUGCAGAUCUCCUAGAGUCUUGUCUUCACGUCAACGAUCUCAACACAGUCCGACAAACCAUUCAAAGAUUAGACUCCACCCUCGCAGGAACAUUGCUUACGAAGCUUGCAACUCGAAUGCAUAGACGUCCAGGACGAGCUGGUAGCCUAAUGACCUGGGUUCAAUGGACGCUAAUCGUACAUGGAGGCGCGUUGGCAACUCAGCCGGGGUUAGCCAAGAAGUUAAGCGAGUUACACCGAGUAUUGGAGGAGCGAUCAAGGGGCCUUAAUUCUCUUUUAGUUUUAAAGGGUAAACUUGAUCUACUAGAGGCGCAAAUGGAGUUCCGUCGGAUCGCGCAACAAAACAGAGAAGUCGACGAAAGUGAUGAAGAAGAGGCCGUCGUUUAUGUGGAAGGGGAAGAAAGUGACGCAGAUAUGGUUAAUGGGGUCAUGGACUUAGAUGACGACGAUGGGUUGCCUGUCACAAACGGAGUGGUUGACGGCGACUCAGAAGACGAUGAAGAAUCGAGUGAAGGUGAAGAGGAUGAAGAAAACUUGGACGGUCAGGAAGAUUUGGAUGAGAACGAUGUCAACCACGAAGAUGUCGAAUCGGAUGAGGAGGAUAGCGAAGCUGAAGUAGCUGAACCUCAACGACCGGCAAAACGUUCGAGGACGAGAAGAAGAUGA